AGCCACGCGGGGUCAUGGCACCCAGCGCUCUCUCCCUGGAAAUCCUAACACCCAAAGAGAAGAACAGGCUCAGGAAACCCAUCGUAGAGAAGCUGCGCCGCGAUCGGAUUAACAGCAGCAUCGAGCAGCUGAAGCUGCUCCUGGAGAAGGAGUUCCAGAGGCACCAGCCCAACUCCAAGCUGGAGAAAGCCGACAUCCUGGAGAUGACCGUCAGCUACCUGAAGUACAGCCGAGCUUUCGCAGCAUCUGCCAAAAGCCUUCAGCAGGACUAUUGCGAAGGGUACGCCUGGUGCCUCAAGGAAGCUCUGCAAUUCCUCUCUCUCCAUUCGGCAAACACAGAGACCCAGAUGAAGCUGAUCUGCCAUUUCCAGAGGUCACAAGCAGUGCCCAAGGACUCGGGUUCUUCUUCUGCACCUGCUUCCAGCCACCAGCCCUCUGCAAAACAAGCACCGGCGAAACCCCCCUGCAACCUCUGGAGGCCUUGGUAGGCCGAGAGCACGCUUACCACCCGGCCUGGACGCUGGCUCGUUUUCCAGAGGAGACCGUGACUUGCUAUAGAAGUCCCCCAGCUCCUCUCCUAUGAGUAGGGAAGAAUGUUUUCCUUUUACAGAGCACUACGGUGCUUGGAUGCCUCCCUCCCUUCUUCCAGAAGGACUGCAACGAUCCCACCACGUGGAGAGAAAGUAAUUCUGUAGGAAUGCGAGACGUAACCCUCCUGCUAGGAGGAGCGAGCGGUUCAGAGAGGAAUGCCGCCGGUUCUUAACCUUAGUGAGGUUGCCCGGGUACUUCUGGUCAGAAAGCUGUGCCUCCCGAGAUGCUCGGGCUAGCGUUUUCAGGGGUGUCCGCCCAGCGGGAGCCCUUCCCUGCCCCCUGAGACCCCUGAGGUCCACCAGACACCUCUGAAAACCUAGCUCUCUCGGGGUGCCGUGAGGGUUCUAUGAUAUUUGUAGACCGUACCGAGCGUGCUCUGAAAAUGGUCGAACCAUCACCCAAACGACGUAGAGGAAAUUCCUCGGGAUGUCUUGCUCACAAAGCCAGGGUACUGCUUGUGAGGUGCAGGAUGCGUACGCCUUUUAUAAAGGCAACAGCUCAUGUUUAUGUCCUUAUAGGAAAGGAAGUUACGGCUGUGCUGUCGAUUUUGCAAUAAAUAUUUAUCCAAGUCUUUUAUGAAAGGCAGGUGUACAAAUUAUAUUUACUGUUGGGUACCCUACCCCCAGGGCAGGAUGUAAAUUCAGUACAACCCGCUCUGACAUGUUGUAUGUGAGACGCACCAACCGCGUAACCCAUGACAGAAACCGCUGUGACCUUCAGAAGUUGCACAAACUUUCACUGGCACGAAAAUAAAUAAAAAUCUGGCUAAGAACGACUUGCUGGCUUCAUUGUGUGGUUUGCGGGGGUUGUUUCUCCGCGGUGCCGGGCUUUGGGGGCUGGAGGAGGAGAGGCCGGGCUCGGGGAGGGCAGCACCACACCGCCCGGGGCCUCAGCACCUCACGGCCCCGAGCCCAGGCCCCCGGGCACGAUCGCGCUCGGGAAGCAGCCUAAGGGCGCUCGGCGACCCGCGUCCGCCAUCAGCCUGACGCGGGGGGAUUCAGGGCAGGUGUGAGGCCCCCGAUAGCGCUCGGUAUCUCCCGAUAACGCCCGAUAUCGCCCGAUAGUCGCCGACAGCGCCGCUGCCCUCUCCCUGAGCCCGCUGAGGUGACCCGCGGCCGCCCCCGCGCAUGCGCACGCC